UCCUACGAGAUUAUGUUCUACGAGAUCUUCCUUCCGAGUUCAUUGUGUUCGUCCAGUUCAAUUCGAUUUAAUUAUCAAUUUGAUAUAUAAAUCGUUCUCAGCAAAGGAUAAUCAGACUGCUUGCAUUUUACUUGUGUGCAUGUGUGUGGAAUUGUGAGUGAUGUGUAAUACCGCAGGAUCGCAAAUCGUAUCUGAGUUUUAUCCCGUGUCUGACAUCUCUGUGCGGAAAAAAUUCGUCAAGAAAGUACGUAAAAGUUUACGUACUUAAAAAAGAUGUAGUGCCGUCAUGAGUCUUGGUAUUGUCGCUCUACAUUAAUUGUACCUGAGAUUCGAGAUACUUUUCAACGGCAGAAUAUUACUCGGGACAGAAUAUCGAUGUUCAAGAUGCGUCUCAUAUUAUCGCGGAUACUAUCCCGCUCCAACUGCAUCUUAAUUCUGAUAGUGUCCAACCUCGCAUGUUCGGCGCCCUUGAAGUCACUGAAGCGUGGGGUAAACGAGAGCGAGCAGGGCUUCUCAUCGUCCCCCAGGAUCCUGGAGAUCCAACUGCCACUAAAGAUCGCCUCGAAGCAGGACCUAUUAGCCUGGUCCAAGUACGUGAUGACUCUGGUAGCCUCCAAAGUCAAUUUUACGUCGACCACCUUGAAGAACGUCUCGUUGAUCGGGCCACAGUACGAUAAACGAAUGUCCCUUGUCAAUAGUUCAGGUUUCAAGUCGAAGGAGAUGACAAAGAAGAUGUCCACCAACGAGAAGCGCCAGGGAAUCAGUUACCCAGCUCGAAGACUCAAAGAGCCCCCUAUGCAAAGUGCCAACGACGAAAUCACCGCGUAUCCUUUGCCCGUAGGCAAGAUGAAAUUCACAGCGGCCAAGUUGCAGGAAUCUUUCAACUUGCCUACAUCAGACUUUGGGCCGACCGCUGAUCAGCAGUUGUAUCUUGAGCAAUACACGAACUUCAAUAUUGAAAAUCCAUUCCACGAGAGCGAGCCAGCCAUUUUCAGGACUCCCGAGAUAUUGGCGCAACCACCAGCCGCCUCGUAUCUUCCUUUGCCUUUAAGGCCGACCGAAAUCGUCCCGUAUCAGGACAUCUUUAACCAGAACAUUUCUGAGUUCGAGGAGCCCGCGAAGCUCUCGACCAAGAAGAGCUCCUUGAAUCUUCACGUGAAUGCCUUGAACGACGAGCUCGCACAAUUGGCACCACGAAAUCGACCAGGGGUAGAUGAACCUCCUUUGUCCUUCCCGUUCCAAGCGGUGAUAACGAUCACCAGACAAUUGCCAGCAGCUACAACGACUUCAAAGACGCAGCAAAAAGGACACUUAGCGAUCAGUGCGAAAGAUCGCCCCGAUAAGUUUUCUCCGUACUUCGAAAAGAAUUAUACGCUCACGAACGAAUCCGGGCAGGUCAACGUCAUUUUCGAUGACUUUACUCCAGGCACGAACAAAAAGAAGUUAAAGAAGAACGAAGAAGAAGAAGAAAAUGAGGAAGAAGAGGAAGAAGAGGAGGAAGAGAAAGAAGAAAAAAAUCAACAAAAUGUGCGAGAACAGAAGAAGAAAAGCGAGAAAAAGCAGAACGGCACGAAGCAACAAAAUUCAAAGAACCAGCAGCGGUUUAUACUCGGCGAUUUAUUAAGAAUGUUGGGUAUCCUGAGAAAACUGCCGAAAAACGCAACCGAGAUCAACGUCGGGGUACCGGUGCUCUCGAUCUUAAAGGGAACUAAUCAGCAGAAAAUACAAGUAGUCUUUGAUGAUACGAAGCAGGAAUUGCCAAAUCAGGAAAGAGGUAACGAAACCUUUGCACAGCAAACGGACGAUGACAACGAGAAUGAAAACGAGGAAGAAGAAGAGGGUGGAUCUAUACAAGCUAUAUUGGAUUUACUGCCGCUAGCUGCGCCGAUUCUUGAGGAACUUAGCGACCCAGAGUCCGACAUCAACCUGGCAGACGUGCUUGAAGGCGCUAUUCCUCUCCUUCAAGGGCUUUCUGAUCCGAACGAAGAAGGAGGAAUCGAUAUUCCAGGCGUUCUGGUGCCGCUCUCCCAGAGACUCAGCGAGGGAGAAGACGGACAAGCGAGUGAUUCUGGUGCUAUUUUGGGACCUCUUAUUCAGCUCAUAGCGCCAUUGAUCGGCCCUCUUGUGGGUCCUUUGAUCGGUCCUCUAAGUCGUAUCAGUAGUGGUCCCGGUGGUAAAGAAAGUUUAGGAACUUUAUUGUCAUCAUUGUCUGAUCCCUUAAGCAAGCCAGGAGCAAACGGACAAUCAAUAUUGUCGUGGCUUAUCGCCAGCAUUACUGCCAAGCUAAGUACAGAACUCUCAAAAUCAGCGGGUGAUUCGGACGUAAAAUCUCUAGUUAGUGCCGUUGUUUCGGGAGUGUUUGCUGGCGCCAGCGCUGGUUCUAGUGGAGGUCACAAAAACGGAUACGGAUACGGUCAAAAGGACACGUACUAUGGAGGUCAUAGGGACACGUACCAUUCUCCUACGACUUAUGGCCAUCCAUAUGGCCAUACUUACACCACCGAAGCGCCUAAACCUGAUCCACUAGAUUCAAUAUUCUCGGCUAUAAAAGAAAUCCUCGGGGCUUUCUUGAAGCUCUCGGGCACGGCGUCCACCUCCGGCGCCAAACUAUCCGGCGGACUAUCGACUUCCAGCGCUGGUCUCUCAGGCAGUUCUUCAGAAUCGGAAAAACCAAAACCUACGUAUGAUCCACCUGCGUACGGUCCACCUGCGUACAGUCCACCUGCGUACAGUCCACCCACAAGUCCGCCUUAUUACGCAUCACCGCCACAGACUUCAAGGCCUAUGUACGCUUCAUCUAGGCCGAGCUCAUCCUAUACGACAUUCACGAGAAGACAGACCCGACCUCAAAUAAAGAAAUUAUGAGCUAUAUGUACAGCUAGCAUAAUUUAUUAUCUGAGACCCUUUUAAAAAUGUUAUU